GGGGGUGAUUGUCCAGGAGGUAAUUGUCCAGAUCCGCAACGCUUUAAAUGCAUAACUGUUUGUCCUUUGCAGCCCUAUGAAGCUGUAGUAAAUACGUUCCAAAUAUAUAUUUCAAGACAAAGAUAGAUCUUCAAGUAAGCCUUUUGUCCACGUGUCCCACUUGAGAAACAGCACACAUUGUUAUCAUUCUUUAUUGACUUUAGACGUCGCACCUGGUAUAGUUCUCUCCCGUUGGGGUUCGUAUGGUUCACUCAUAAUCAUAUAGAAAAGAUUAAGAAAUGAAUUGAGUCUAGUAGAGUAGACAUACUCAUUAUCUAUUUCAAAAAUAAAACAAAAGCCAAUCGCAUAUCGGCACAUGGAAGGUAAAUUUUAAGGACACGUCAUUGCAAACAUGCAAGACAUGAAGCACGAUCAUGGUCUGCAUUUGUGAAUAGACACCGUUAACAAGUUCAAGUUUCUUCUUCAGUAAGCUUUUAAGACCACAAACCAGUCAAAAUACGAGUUCUUAUUCGUGUACAUGACGAGAAGUUAUCGCUCACGACGUUCAGAAAUAAGACACGUGUUUCCCGAUUACUUCGCGUAUACUUCUCACGCGAUAGAAGAUCAAGAUUCUCCGUGGUCGUCUCGCUGGUCGUCUCGCUGUUUGUCUGGAGAUCAUCAUGUUAUACCACAUAUGUUUCCUUCUCGCCGUGGUCGUUGUCGGAGGUUCGCAUGGACUGGUGAAGUUUCAUGAGGCCCUCGAUCCCGUGGACGAUGACAACGGGUAUAUCAUCGCUGCCGAGUUCAGCACGGAUUUUGAAGAAUUAGAAGAGAAAUUAUCGGAAUUCACUUCAAAGAACGACACUCUAGAGUAUAAAGUCUUGUGGAAGUUUCCCGUCGGGCUCAAGUUUCUCUUCGUCCAGAUGAAUAAAGCCACUCUCGAUGCGAUACGUGAAUGGGAGGAUGAUAUAAUUUACAUCGAAGAAGAUGGUUGGCUCCACCUCCAGAGCAAAGAAACCUCAGGAAACGAUACCAAAGAGGAGACAGACAAACCGAAGAAGAAGGAUGGACAGCCGACUGAACAAUGGGGUCUAGAUCGCAUUGAUCAAAGAAAUGUACCCCUUGACGGAGUCUUCUCUGUUAAACCUAAUGCUGGAUCGGGGCAAGCAUCUACGUGGUCGGUACCGGUGUCCAUGUCAAGCAUGAGGACUUCGGUGGACGAGCCAGCAACAUCUAUGACUAUCGAGGAGAGGAUUUCAACGGAAGAGAUUGCAAUGGACAUGGAACGCAUUUAGCCUCGUUGGCUGCUGGGAAGAAAUACGGCGUGGCUAAGAAUGCCACUAUCUACGGCGUGAGAAUCACCAGGUGCCGAGG